CUGAUGCUGCUGCUGCUGGUGGUCUCCCCGCCGGUUUGGGGCCAGGAGAGGGAUUACAGCCUGCGGGAGGAGCUGCCCGACAACGUGCUGGUGGCGAACCUGGUGCGGGACCUGAACCUGACCGCGGCUGCGGCGGCCGGUCUGCCCCUCACCUUCAAGCUGGUCUCCAAGACCGGGGAUGCCCCGCUGCUGCGGGUGGAGGGGAGCAGCGGUGAGCUCUACACCACCGCCCACCGCAUCGACCGCGAGAGACUGUGCGCCAACACCUUCAGCGACAGCAGCCGCUGCUUCUACGAGGUCGAGGUGGCCGUGCUGCCCAACGAGGUCUUCCAGCUGGUCAAGAUGCGCUUCCUCAUCGAGGACGUCAACGACAACGCGCCCCUCUUCCCCUCGGCGGUCAUCAACAUCUCCAUCCCGGAGAACACCGCCGUCAACUCCCGCUACUCGGUGCCCUCCGCCCUGGACCCCGACGCUGGCAUCAAUGGCAUCCAGCACUACGAGCUGCUCAAGGGCCAGAGCGUCUUCGGGCUGGACAUCAUCGAGACCCCCGAGGGCGACAAGUGGCCGCAGCUCAUCGUCCAGCAGAGCCUGGACCGCGAGCAGAAGGACACCUACGUGAUGAAGAUCAAGGUGGAGGACGGUGGGCAGCCGCCCCGCUCCAGCACCGCCAUCCUCCAGAUCACCGUCACCGACGUCAACGACAACCGGCCCGUCUUCAAGGAGGGCGAGACCGACGUCCACAUCCCCGAGGACGCGCCGGUGGGCACCUCGGUGGUCCAGCUGCACGCCACCGACGCCGACCUGGGCUCCAACGCCGUCGUCAGCUUCUCCUUCAGCAACCAGGUCUCGGCGCUGGCCCGUCGCCUGUUCGCCGUCAACCCGUCCACCGGCCUGAUCACCGUCAGGCAGCCGUUGGACCGGGAGGAGUUCCCCAUGCACAAGUUGACCGUCCUGGCCAGCGACGGUAGCUCGACACCCUCCAGGGCCGUGGUCACCAUUAACAUCACCGACGUCAAUGACAAUGUGCCCACCAUUGACACCAGGUACAUCAUUAACCCUGUCAAUGGUACUGUCUUGCUGUCGGAAAACGCACCACUCAACACCAAAAUUGCACUGAUCACGGUCACGGACGAAGAUGCCGACUUAAAUGGGAAGGUCACCUGCUUCACUGACCACGAUGUCCCAUACCGUUUGAAGCCUGUGUUUGAAAGCCAGUUCUUAUUAGAAACUGCUGCCUUGCUGGACUAUGAGACUACGAAAGAAUAUACCAUUAAGAUAGUGGCUUCUGAUGCAGGUAAACCACCGUUAAAUCAAUCAGCCACUGUGGUGAUUAAACUGAAGGAUGAGAAUGAUAACGCUCCUGUUUUUAAUCAGCCCGUAAUUGGCCUGUCAAUCCCUGAAAAUAACACCCCUGGUACACAGCUAACAAAAAUCAGUGCCACUGACGCGGACAGUGGGAAAAAUGCAGAGAUCACUUACCUCCUGGGUCCCAAUGCCCCGUCCAUCUUCAGUGUAGAUCGGAGAACUGGCAUUCUGUCAGCUAUGAGGAGAUUAGAUCGAGAGAAACAAGACCGUUACGUUUUUACAGUACUGGCCAGGGAUGGAGGCAAGCCUUCUAUUCAGAGCAAUGCUACUGUGGUUUUGACUGUGUUAGAUCAAAAUGAUAACAGCCCUUCCUUCACACACAGUGAAUACAAUUUCUACGUGCCUGAAAAUCUGCCCAUGUAUGGGACAGUUGGACUUAUUACUGUUACGGAUGCAGAUGCAGGAGGCAAUGCAGCUGUUAGCCUUUCCAUCUUGAAUGAUAAAGGCUACUUUAUAAUUGAUCCCAACAGUGGGGUCAUCAAGCCCAAUAUUACAUUUGACAGGGAGCAGCAAAGUUCCUAUACAUUUCAAGUCAUGGCUGUGGAUGGAGGAAGGCCUCAACGGUCGUCUGUGGCGAGGGUGACUAUAAAUGUUGUUGAUGUAAAUGAUAACAGUCCAGUGUUUGUAUAUCCUCCGUCUAACUUUUCGUAUGAACUGGUAUCGACCUCUGCCAGCCCUGGCUCUGUGGUGGGUAAAGUCUUUGCAAUUGACAAUGACACAGGGAUGAAUGCCGAACUGCGCUACAGUAUAGUCAGUGGGAAUUCCAGAGGACUGUUUGCCAUUGACCCAGUGACUGGCAAUAUCACUUUGCAAGAGAAGGUGACCACAGCAGACCAUGGCUUAUACAGGCUCGUGGUGAAGGUCAUUGAUUUGGGUCAGCCAGAAUCCUUGCAUGCCAUGGCACUUGUACACUUGUUUCUCAAUGAAACCAUCAAUAAUUUUACCUAUGUGCAAGAUCUGGUACGGAAGAGCAUGGAGACGCCAUUGGAUAAGAAUGUUGGAGAUAGCCAGAUGACCCCACAGACUAAUGAUUAUAUUAAGAUUGUUAUUGCCAUCAUUGCUGGGACUAUGACUGUCAUUCUUGUUAUUUUUGUGACUGCUUUGGUGCGUUGCCGUCACACGCCAAGGCAUAAAACUGUGCAGAAGGGGAAACAGAGCGGGGAAUGGGUUUCUCCUAAUCAGGAAAACCGACAAAUUAAGAAGAAGAAACGAAAGAAGAAGAGGUCACCAAAGAACCUUCUUCUGAAUUUUGUUACAAUUGAGGAGUCCAAACCAGAUGACCCUGCUCACGAGCACAUCAAUGGCACCUUGGACCUUCCGGUGGAAUUGGAGGAUCAGACUAUGGGCAAGUACAACUGGGGCACAACACCCACCACUUUUAAACCUGAUAGCCCGGACCUAGGAAAACACUACAAGUCAGCCUCUCCACAGCCCUCCUUUCAAAUCAAGCCAGAGACUCCAGUGCCAGUGAAGAAGCAUCAUGUCAUCCAAGAGUUACCGCUGGAUAACACAUUUGUUGUGGGCUGCGACUCCCUAUCCAAGUGUUCUUCGAGCAGUUCUGACCCCUACAGCGUAUCAGAAUGCAGUUGUCAGGGAGGCUUCAAGACUGCAGGGCCAAUCCACACCAGACAGGUAAUGCAGAGAUUCUAACUGGCCCUCACAGAGAGAUCUUGUCUUGAAGAUUAAAAGCCUUGAAUGGUCAUGCAUGGCUGAGGCAUUGAAAUGUAAACAGCUUGUGAUUCAUCAAUGUUGGAGAGAGAAAUUAGAAUGAAGUGGCAUUUAGCUGGUGGUGAUUUGCUGAGUUGUUGUUUCGCCAAUAUGGUCUCUAGGUGGCACUGUAGUACUUCCUGGGUGUACAGAAAGCUGCAGCAGUUGUGAAGAGAAGGGCACUGCGAGUAUACUGUGGAGUAGCAGGCACAGGAAUCCUGAGAUGCGUAGUGCAGGUGCAAUGUGAGGCUGUACAAAAUCGAUCUUUGGUUUCUGUUCAGAGACGUUGGCACCAGCAGUAAGGAAGGGAGGAACAGACCACACAUUACACAGCAAAACAGUACCCCAUUAUACUGAAGAACAAAGACAGUAAUAUAUUUUUUAAAAACUUGUAUUAAAACUGCUGUGACUCAACCAUUGCCUUUCUGUUAAAUAAACAUGCUUUUGUAAAGAAUGUUCUAUAAUUUCUAAUGUGGAGAUCUCCAGGGGAGCAGAAAAAAGAGGUGCUUCUCAAUUCGGUUUAAUAGAAUAAGUGUAAUUCUCAUACUCAAACCUUGGAAUGUUGGAAUUGCAACAGCAUGAUUAUUCCCAUUUUCAUACACUGAAUCUGACUUCUCUAUCACCUUGCAUGCUGGAGCCGGGCUGCUUAUAUUAAUUGUCUAUUUUUAAUGUGUUGAACAUGCACGUUGAAUUACUUAGGCA